CACUCUGUUAUUUGCUUUCUUUCCUAAUUCAAGACAACUCCACUUGCUCAUGUUAUAAGAUUUUUUCCUGAGGGAACAAGGUUCUUCUCUCCCUGUUUUGGAGUCUUUUUUUCCCUGUCUAAUCCUUUUGUCUAAACUGUGUUCUUUGUUUCUUUCUGUGUGCAACAUUACCGGAAAUUGAUUUGAAUUUUUCGUUGUUUGUUUCGCCCUGUCUCUAUUCAACAUGGGAACUGAGUCUACCUCAGAUGCCGAAGGAAUGAUUUCGAAAACUGUUGAAUCAACUGGAGAAAGUAAACCUUGUUUUGGACUUGUUGAAAUAACCAGUAAACAAAAAGUCAUUAAAAAGAUCGAUGUUCCAUUCCAACUCAACCAAUUCAAAAAAUUCAUUCUUUUUGGUACCGAGACUUAUUAUAAGUCAGCCCCACGUCGUUCCAUUAACAGAUGGUUUAUCACAGAAACGAAUUUUCGACUUUAUGUCGAAGAAAGUAAAAUAAAGUCAAUAAAAAAUUUAUCCGAUGUGCUUGGUGUUCUUGACAAUGAUGCGAAUCAGAAGCAAAGAGAAGACAUCAUUUCACGGAUGUCCGAUAUUUUAAUUGAAAAUAAAUCCCAUUCUCCAGUUGGUGUUAUUCCGUACCUUCUUUCACGAAUGUAUACCCUUCCAAAUUUGAGACCUGUUAUUUUAAAAACAUUUCUUACAGUUAUUAAGAAUACAACUGAUUUGUUGAUUUUCGCAUAUUAUCUGAGAAAAGGUUCAGGUAACCAAACUGUUAUUCGUAAACAGCUCUGUGAGUGGUAUAGAGUUCACUCCAGCAAUCUUGCUCACAUCAAAGAUCUACUCUUAGUGAAACGUAGAUUGGGCUGGAAGCAUCGUGAUGUACUUGUUCACUGGAAAAUUCCUGUUGGUGCAAACGAUGGUAUUCUACGAAUUUUAAUGGGUUUUCCAUAUGAUAAAUCCAAAAUACCUGAAGAUAAAGUAUCACUGAUUGAAAAAUUAAUCGAGCUGCGAAAUGUUGAUGACAGAACGCACUGGCUUGGAUUGAUUACGUCCCAGGAUUAUAUUGAUGAAGUUGGACUUGAUCUUUGUUAUAAUUUAAAAACUUUGAUUGUCAAUACCGAAGUGCUGAAAAUUAUCAUGAAACGAAUUCCACUCAACGAUAUAAUCGAGUAUAUACCAAAAAUGAUCCAAAAGCUCCCUUAUUCACAAGAACUGUUGUCAGCUAUUGUUAACCAAUUAUCUGAUUGGAAAACAAAAUAUAAUGUUGGAAAAUCUGACGUCAAUAUGCUAUCAGUUUUUGCUGUAUUGAAAUGGUUGGUAUUCCAGAAUUAUCUUUAUCAUGGACCAGGGAAACACUUGCGUGAAGAUAGUAUCGAUAAAAAAUAUUAUCCAUUGCCAACUUUCGACCUGGAAAAGGUCAUUCUUUCUGUUUUGGAAGAUGAGCGGUUCAAAAGAUCUGAGGAGGUUCUAUUCGUUCUUAAUGCUUCUCAAAAUGAUCUCGAUGAAUCUGGAAUAACUCUCCCUAGAAAACCUUCACACCAAGAAUUGAGAAGACCCAGUUUGUUUCCUAAUAUAAUCAAAGCUACGGACUUCAUACAAUUUUUGCUUUUUAUUUAUCCCAACCAUCGUGUUGAAUUCAACGAAAAGUUUUACAAACUAUCAGGUCAAUCUUUCAAAAUGUUGGAAGACGAUUUCACUCAGAUGAGGCAAAACAUAAGUAAAGGCCAGUCUCCAGAGGGGAAAAAAUCUUUUAAAAACGCCAUUUACGUUACUUUUGAUGGUUCAGUGGAUUUAAGCGAAAAUGGAUCAUUGAGUGUACACCGAGCAGAAAAAAUUGUGGUUCUAUCAAUUCGAGAUAAAGACGUAAUUCAAACUAAAGAAAAACUCAAAUUACGGAAUUUACUUGUUAUCAAAGGUUUUGACUGUAAUUUUUUCCCUUUUAUUGAUAAUUACUUCCAUGAUGAUUGUUGGUCACUUUAAUUUAAAAUUAUCUUAUUUAAACUGAAUAAAAUUCUCUUAAUUUGCAAUAAA